CCUGACCGCCCGGUUAAUUUGUGAAAAAAAAAUUUAUUUUUUAGAAAAAUUUAAAUUAAAAUGAAAAUAAUUUUAUCAUGUCGUUUCGUUCUAGCGAAUUGUUUACGAUCAUCAUCACAGUCACCAAUAAGAUAUUUUAGUUCGAAAGAAUUGCCCAAAUUUUAUGCUACACCUAUUUUCUAUGUUAAUUCGGUACCACAUAUUGGUCAUCUUUAUACAACAGUUUAUGCUGAUGCAUUACAUCGUUUUACACGAUUAUGUUUGCCAAAUAAUGAUGUGACAACAACAAUUUUUUCUACCGGUACCGAUGAACAUGGUCUUAAGAUACAAAAAUCUGCUCAAUCAAAAAAUAUCAAUCUCAUCGAAUAUUGUAAUCAAAUAUCAUCGAAAUUUCGUCAAUUAUUCAAUGAUGCUGAAACAUCGUAUACACAUUUCAUUCGAACUACCGAUGAUCAACAUAAAAAAGUAGUACAAAAUUUAUGGAAAAUCCUUAUGGAUAAAGGAUUUAUUUAUAAAUCAAAAUAUUGUGGUUAUUAUUCUGUGAAUGAUGAAACAUUUGUACCGGAUAAUCUUAUUACAACCAAUUCGAAUGGUGAAAAAAUAUCCAUUGAAAGUGGACAUAAAUUAGAAUGGUAUGAAGAAGAAAAUUAUGUUUUUCGUUUAUCACAGCUACAAGAACGAGUAAUCGAUUGGAUUGAUAAUCAUUUGAUAAUGAAACCAGAAAAUUAUCAUCAAUCACUUAAAGCUGAUAUACGGAAUAUAAAAAAUUUUAAAGAUUUAUCAAUAUCAAGAUCUAAAACACGUUUACAAUGGGGUAUUGAAGUUCCCGGCGACGAUUCACAAUUGAUUUAUGUUUGGUUUGAUGCACUAGCAAAUUAUCUUACUGUUACCGGUUAUCCAAACAAACAACCGGUAAUAUGGCCACCAUGUCAUGUAAUUGGUAAAGAUAUAAUAAAAUUUCAUUGUAUUUAUUGGCCAGCAUUUUUAUUGGCAGCUGAAUUACCACUGCCUGAACGUAUUUAUUGUCAUUCACAUUGGCUUUAUGAUCGACAAAAAAUGUCUAAAAGUUUAGGUAAUGUUGUUGAUCCAUUCGAAUGUAUUGAACAAUUUACAGCUGAUGGUAUACGAUAUUUUCUGUUGAAAGAAGGAACACCACAUUCAGAUUCAAAUUUCAAUUUAGAUGCAGUAAAAACAUGUUUAAAUGCUGAAUUAGCCGAUACAUUUGGUAAUCUGUUGAAUAGAUGUACAUCGGAAAAAUUAAAUCCCAAGCAAUCAUAUCCAUUCGUUUCUUUGGAUGAAAUCCAAGAAUAUCUACCCGAAAGUUUAGAUACAAUUAAUUUUAUAGAAACAUUAUCCAAUGAAUGUUUUGAAUCAUAUUUGGAUGGAAAUUUUCAUAUUGGAAUAACAAACGUUAUGCAAUGUUUACGUUCGAUAAACGGUUUAUUCAAUUUGAUACAACCAUGGAAAUUUGUUCAAAAACAUCCCCACAAUGAUAAUGAUAAUGAUUUGAAUCAAAAACGUUUAAAAUGUCUGUUGUUUUUAUCAUUAGAAUCAAUACGUAUUUCAGCAAUAUUAUUGAAUCCAAUCGUGCCGAAUAUUUCGAAAUCGAUAUUUGAAAAAUUAAAUAUUUCACAAGAAUUUUGUCAAUGGAAAUUUGCUAAAAUCAAUAAUUCCAAACAACAAAAUGAUAACAGAAUUUCAUCAAAAAAAUUGAUAAUUUUUUCGAAAUUAACUUAAAGCAAACAAACAGAAAAUUAUGUUGACUUUU